CGAUCACAAAAUGAAAUUAUAUUGUGGAGAACAUCACAUAAAUGCAAAAUGCGUGAGAAAAGGAAAAAGAAAAAUGCAAAACCGACUCCGAAACAGACUUGCUACCCUUGUACAGAAUGUGGCAAGAAAUUCACGAGCUCAGCCCUUUGGAAAGCUCAUUCAAAGCUACAUACAACAGAAUACCCAUACAAGUGUGAGCUAUGUGAAUACACGUGUAAAAUAAAGAAGUAUUUAUCACGUCAUGUCAAGAAAGUCCACACGAAGCCUGUCGGUAAUCAAUGUACUGUUUGCGGUAAAUGUUUUCAUUUCGACUGUAAUUUGCAGAAACAUAUGAGAGUCCAUACAGGUGAAAAGCCAUACAAAUGUAAAGUGUGCGGCAAAGCGUUUAGUUCAUCUUACUCACUGUCUGGACACAAACUGAUACACACUGGUGAAAAACCAUUCCAAUGCGCUUUCUGCGACUACGCUUGCCGAGACAACUCGACUAUACGCCGACAUCAGGAAAGGCACAUGGGGAUCACAAAAGACUAUCCUUGUACGAUAUGUAAGAAGAGUUUCAAGAACAAGUCGUCUCUACAAAUCCACGUAGAUGAGGUACAUUUCGAUUUGGACACCCGGAAGAAUCCUUGCCAACAAUGCGACAAGUUAUUCAAAACUAAAGCGUCACUUAGAUUGCAUGUGAAAACAGUCCACAAUAAAGAUAAUCGUGUGAAAUGCGAGAUUUGCAACGCUAAAGUGACGAGGAAUAAUCUGAAAUCACAUAUGCGUCGCCAUGUUGACGUGAAGCCUUACAAGUGUAGCUUCAAGAAGUGCGGCAGAAGAUUCAAGCAUAAGGGUGACCUCAAAAAGCACUCCAUCACUCACUACCCCUCGCACCAAUACCAGUGUGGGUACUGUGAGAGAAGAUUCGCUCGCAGACAUCGUCUGAACCUACACGAGCGGCUACACAACAGCGGGCGGCGGGUCGAGUGCCACUACUGCGGGGUCACAUUUGCAACGAAAACAUAUCUUGGUCGUCAUAUAAAGAAAGCCCAUGGGCCCAACUCCAAAAAAUACAUUUGUGAUAUAUGUGAAAUUGUGACAUACACGCGAAAGGGUAUUAUUUUACAUGUCAAAUAUGGGCAUGGGACGGAAAAUGAGACAAUAUGUCGAAUCUGCAAUAAGGAUUAUCUGAAAUAUUUAAGUUUAAAAGAACAUUAUAUGAAAAGACAUAAUAUUAAAUACAGCUUGAUACCAAAAAAGAAAGAAGAUGAGGUUAUUAUUAAAGAAGAACCGUAUGAAUUGGAGAUCACAACGGACACAAACGCACAGACAGAUUAUAUAUACGAAGUGGAUAUGAAACAAGAAAAUACAGAAGUAGAACCCGACAUCUUAUCACCACAGCCCGCUUACCCCAUAGAUACUGACAGCAUAGCGUACUCUAGACAGGUUCUCUCUGAAGAUAUGUCCAGGUCUCUUCUAGAACGAGAGCGUCUUCUAGAAGAUGACGAGUUCUAUAUCGGACGGCUGGUCAAGAAGACGCGGGAUAGAGUACUACCAAAACAAAUAAUAGACAAGCGAAAAGAAGAGAAAGUAAAACGAAGCAUCGAGAAACUCCUCUCAGAAGCGAGGAUUCAAAGGGAGUGGAGAGAGAUUGAGAAGUUAAGGAGAGAAUAUAAUAAGAGAAUUAGAAUGGCAACUCACAUUGGGAAUAAGACAGAAAAUAAAUCUAUAAGAUACUUUAAGAAACCAGAAACCAAUACAAAUAAUAACAGAAAUAAUGAAGAAAAUGGAAAUGGUGAUUCAAUACCUAAUAGUAAUGAAAAUGGUGAUGAGAAUAAUACAAAUAAUGCAACUGAUGAAGCUGGUGAUGAAAAUUUUGAUGGUACUGGUGAUAAUAAUAACCGGAGCGAAGAAACUGGUGAUGGUAAAGUUAAUGAUGACGAUGAUGGAAAUUCUAUCGGUGAUGUUGAUGAUCAAAAUGAUAUAGAUUAUAGAGAGAGCGAUUCUGAAAAUGAUGAAGUCAAUAGAAAUAAAAUAACAUUUAACACGCAUCAGUGUUACAUAUGUUUUAAACUUUUCAAAACAAAAUCGGAUUUGAAACGACACUGCACAGAACAUUUCGAUAUAUGCAACGAGAAAAUGCUGAAGAAAUGCCCGUUUUGCGGAUACGUCACGAAUUUACAAAUAACAAGGCACAUUCGUCUAGUCCACAAUGUCUACAUAGAGUUACCAUACGCGAAAAUAAAAGAACGGACAAGCGGAAACGGAUCCAAAUAUGUUUUUCAUAUCGAUGACGGUUGUGAACUAGAAAUCAUUCCUAGUAUUAGCAAUUUAAAUAAAAUCGCGUCUAUGAAAAUUGACGAAAGUAAUCGUCAAAAGAAAAACGUGUUUUUAGGUAAAACGAAAUUAGUCAAAAAGGGAAAUGAUUGGAUUGUCGAGAAGCAACCGGUUAACUUAAAUAAUGACUAUCUUUUACCAGAGUUCUCGAAAGAUGAUUAUAAAAAGAUAAAAGAUAUAGGUAAUGGGUAUUUAAGUAGGAUAAAAAGUCUGAGUUUUUUAGCUAAAAAGAAAGGUCUGAAAAUGUUAUUUCCUUGCUACGGUUGUGAGAAAAUUUGCCUAUCAAUGUGUGCUUUAAAACUACAUAGUCGGAAACACGAAAACAACCCAAAGGCAUUCAAACCAAAAGUCUGGAAAAACAAGAUUUUAAACUGUUAUAAUAGUAAAAAUAUUAAAAAGAAAAAAUCACAAAAAGUUAUCACACCAAGAAUUAAAGUUAAAGAUAUAAAUUUUGAUGUCAAUAAUAUCAGAGAAGUUGGCGGUAAAAAGUUAAAUAUUAACAGCGCGGUUAGUUUAACUUUUAACAAUCAGGCAAAACCGAAUCCGGUUAAAAAUAAACAUCGAUGCGACAAAGAGUUAAUUGAAUUUUAUGAUAAUAAUAUCAAAGGCGGAGAUAUUGAAUUUUGGCAGUUUUUGAAAAUAUUUAACAAAAUGGGCAGAGAAAAUAUUAACGACUUUCAAGAUCUAGAAAACAGAACAGAUUUCGGUAUGCAUAAAAUGUAUAAUAGUAACACCGAAGUUAAUACUAAUAAUAUUAAAGCUAGCAACACUACUGAUAAUGUUGCCAGUGUGAAAACCAAAGGUGGUUUAAGAAAAGUGGUUAGAAAAGGUAAAAAUAAGUUUACGAGAGCUAUAAUGAUUAGUAAAAAGGAAUAUUUGAAAAGGAAUCAAAUUAAAGAUGAAAUGCGGAAAAGAUUAAAAGAUAGUCAAUAGUCACGUGUUUUUAAAUAAACCUGUGCACCAAUUCUGAUAUUUAUAAUGGCCGAUAAAUGAAUAGA